CUGGGGGAGGACGGUGGCCCGCGAGGUUCGAGCAGACAACGCGGCGGCGAUGUCCGCGAGCCAGGCGAGCGCCGCGGCGGUAGCGGCGGGGCCUCGCGCGUGGCUGGGCGGCCUGGACUGCGGCCUCCCCGCGGGUCCCUGGAAGCGGGCGCGCGGCCCGCGCGGGAGCAGAGGCGGAGGCCCCGGCGCGUCCUUCUGCCCCGCAGCCUGAGCCCGGGCGGCUGGAGGGCUCCGCUGCCCGAGGAUGGGAAUUCUCUUUACCCGGAUCUGGAGGCUGUUCAAUCAUCAGGAGCACAAAGUUAUCAUUGUUGGGCUGGACAAUGCUGGGAAGACUACCAUCCUUUACCAGUUUUCCAUGAAUGAAGUUGUACAUACAUCUCCUACAAUAGGAAGCAAUGUGGAAGAGAUUGUGGUUAAUAAUACCCGUUUCCUGAUGUGGGAUAUUGGUGGCCAAGAAUCCCUUCGUUCUUCCUGGAACACUUACUAUACUAACACAGAGUUUGUAAUAGUUGUUGUGGACAGCACAGACAGAGAAAGAAUUUCUGUAACUAGAGAAGAGCUCUACAAAAUGCUAGCCCAUGAGGACCUAAGAAAAGCUGGGUUGCUGAUUUUUGCUAAUAAGCAAGAUGUUAAAGAAUGCAUGACAGUAGCAGAAAUCUCCCAGUUUUUGAAGCUUACUUCUAUAAAAGACCACCAGUGGCAUAUCCAAGCAUGUUGUGCUCUUACUGGCGAGGGGUUAUGCCAAGGACUUGAAUGGAUGAUGUCACGGCUGAAGAUCAGAUGAUCUCUUCUGACCCCUCCUCACAGACUCUGUAUAAACAAAGUGCUGGACUUUUCCUGAAAGCUGCAAAAAGAUGGUUUAGAUAUAUUUAUAAUAAACUGACUUAAGAGUUUUCUAUAAGAAGAAAAUUAAGACCACUUAUUUGGAAACAAAGAUGAAAUGUCACCACCCGUUUGCUCUCUCAUUCCUUCCAAACCUGUGACUGGUAUUUUCUCAUGAAUCCUCUCAGGACAUGGUAGAGCUCUGGCGAGUACAAAGGGAGAGGAAGACAUUUGAACUUUGGAACUUUAUUUCAUCCUGACUCUCCCACCCUGCCCCAAGUUGAAUGUUCCCUUCACAUUGAAUCAAAUACAAAUCAACACAGAUACUGUUUCCAGUUUUUAAAAAUGUAAUAUUAUGGAAAGUAUUUUGCUUCAAGUUGAAUAUGUAUUGUGUAUAUACCUCAAGUUCAGGUUAAUGGCUUUGAUUUGUGCUCAAAAGCAAAGCAAAUAACACAGGUUAAUGGUAACUUGUUGUUCUCCUGAUAUCACUGAGAACCACCUUUGGUGUUAAGUGUCAUUGUUUAGUUUACCCUCUGUUCUCUAUGUUGUCCUAACAAGCCAACCCCAACCAACAAUUGUUAAGCUGCUCCUUAAAAAUGAAACAGGAGAAAGCCUGACAUUGUAUACCUGUUUUUGUUGCUUAGUAAUUCAGGUGGAAAUAUAUAACGCAAGUGGGUAGAGCGUCUGCCAGACUCCUGGCCUGGUGUGCCUGGGCAGAAUUACACAAUAAGCAAUGGUCAGACUUUCAUUCUGUGGAUCCUUAUGCCAAUUCAGCUACUAAUCAGUCAUUCAUAAAUUGUGAUUAAAAUGAUCAGGUAAUUUUUAAUUGAAAAUCAUGGUGUGAAAUAUAUCUACCCAAAGAGGUAACAUCCUAUAAAUAGUAGUAAUUAAUUUAGCUGCAACCUUUUUAGGUAUUAAAUUACAUGAAGAACAGUUAAAAUGAAUUUAAGAAUAAACAUAAGGCAUUGUUUUCAGUGAACAUUAAUAGUUUCUCAAUUUACAGAUUAGUGUCUACAAAGGUUUUCUUACAUCUUCUUCCAUUGCAUAAUAUGCCUUGUGUAAUAGUUAAGAAAUCAUUUAUUCUGAAUGACUUCAAAAAUUUGAUUGAAAAUUUGGCAAAUUACAUUAUUUAUACUAGAAUUUGACCUAAAACACUUUUUAUGUUUGUUAAAAAUAUUUGCCUUUUUAAAUUUAGUUUAAAAUUGAAGUAUUUCUGUCAUAAUUAUAGACAAAAUUACUCUGUUUUAACAUAUUCCUGGUGGACUACAUCAACCUUUUGUGCCCUGAAAACUUGAAGGUUAACCCAAACUGUCAAGAUUUAGAAUAGUCAAGAAAAACGGUUUAACUAGUUUUAGUAUCAGACUUUAAAAUCUCUUAAAGAUUUUGGUAAGAAAUAGAAGUCCACAUACAAGCAUUGAGGAAACUGAAAAAUCUUUGUAAGACCCUUAAUGGCUAAAGCCAUUGGCUGUAAUGAGCGUUACUGUGCGAGGCUUUGUGUAUGAGAUCUGUGCUGUAAGACUCCCAGUGUUCCUUCAGCAUUAAUGCUUUCCCGCCUGCUCCAAGAAAACCAGCCCUCAAUCAGUGCUGAAGCCUGUUCAUAUGCUCUCAUACUUUUUCAAAUCAUGAUGAGAAUUUUUCUCCUAUAUACUAAAAAUCCUCUUAAAGACUCAAAUCUUCGUAGUUUUGUCAAAGACAAACACUCUGUAAAGUUCCCCACCGACCCCAGAUCUACAGCUUUCUAGCUUUUAAUUUGAACAGUUAUCUGCAUAGUCGCUUGGAUCACUGUUAUAUCAGUUCAGCACAUAGCAGCGAUUCUGGUGUGGCCAAGGUGUUGGCUAAAGUUUAUUCUUCGUUGGAUGUUUAAAGCAUUUACUCCAUUGUUAAGGUUGGCAUCAUAUAGUCAAUUACUGACAUGGCAUAAGCAGGCAUGAAACUUUACCACAUUUAUAAAUUUGAGGGAUUUUUUUCUUUUUUUGGUUUUUAACCCUUUUAGACUAAGCCUCAAAAAUAUUAUCAUACCUGUGUACUUGUACAUUAAAAACAAAAUUAUUGCUGAGUAAAAAGAUAUUUAAUAUAUGAAACUCUCAGAACUGUCAUUAACAGUAUUAAUUAGGUCUAAAUACAGUGGAGCACCCCUGAUAUCAUGCUGACAGUUUACGUGUCAUAGGGUGGAACUCAGCCAGUCCUGUGGUUUCCGGUGUUAAUAUGUAAACAAACAUCUCAUUUAACUUCACUGUGUUCAGCUUUGAAAAGAACAAAGAUUUAUACCUCUGUACAUGUGGAUAGAUAUAAGUGUCCUGUUUUGAUACUAAUUUUGAAAGUUGUUUAUCUUCUCUUGAUAUCUUGGUAAAACUGGCCACAAGAUAAACCAUUUGGAUAUAUUUGAUUUUGUCAUAACAUUUGUAAAGUAUAUGUUUCUCAUGAUACUGAGAGUUUUAUUUUAAAAAUCCCCUUACAUAUCUAGCACACCUUGGCCAUCACAGUAGACAAAGAAUACAGAGAAGGCAAGUGGGUUAGGCAAUGGGGGAUGGGUAUUCUUUUUUUAUUUUGGUGACAUUUUCUCUUAAGAAGAAAGUGCUUUAGCACAGCUGGCUGGCAUCUUUAAUGCAGGUGGUAAACCGAAUUCCAUAAGCAUGGCCUGAGCCAGAAGGAAGAAGAGUCUGCUCCCUGGCCUGAAGAAGUGCCUCGUAGGUAGUCAUGGAAGUCACAGGUAAGUGCAGGAGCUUGAAGACAGGCAAGAGGUCUCUAAGGUGUUCCUUUCCUUUGUCUGAGUGUAUAGUAUUAAGAUGCCUAGAAGAGAGAUGGUUUUGUUCCACUCUUACAGGCACUUUAUAUUUCUUGCUGUAACUACAGCAAUCACAUACAGUACAGACAACCUCAAAAUCUGUUUAUAUUAGUGUAAAUAGAAAAACGGUAGAGCGCUGUCUAGUUUUCUCCGCAGGCAUUUUUGGGAAUGCAUCUAUAGUCUGUCCUACUUUGUUAAUGGGGGAUAACAGCACAUCCUAGAUCAUGUGUGAACUUUGGGGUCUUCUAAUUGCCCUUGGUAUCCUGCUAUUCUCAUUUUCCAGGUGAGGUAAAGACAGGGUUUCCUUAUGUAACGGAUUUGAGCGCUUCUGUUCUCCAAACACAAUGUGGAAUUUCUUGCUCAAGAGCAGCUUCCGUAGUUCAGCUAGCCCUCGCUGCCUUGGGUGCUUGCUCACCACCAGUCAAGGUUGCUCUGAAGGUAUUCUAAACUUUCCCAUAACCAUUAUCCCCCAGACCACCAGGCUCUGAGUGACCUCUCUAAUUCUGUCUACCCACCCACCAGUGACUUGACUGCUCUGCACCUUUGCAUCUUCAGAGCUGCUGCGUCUAUCAGGAGAGCAGGUUCAGAUUAUGGUAUCCAGAUACCAGUAGAAGAAUUGGAUGUUAUACUAUGCUUAGCACCUUAAUUCUACUUAACAUUUACUUCUUAAGCUGACAGCUAGAUUCAGAAAUACAAGAAAAAUAGACUAUGUCAGGUCCUUAAGUUAUGAGUUAGGACCAAAGACUAUUAACUUACAUUCACAUUGUCCUCAUAUACCCAAGAGUGGUGAUGUUUUGGAGACUGCCAGUCCAGCCUAGUUAACAUGGGGAAAGAUGACGAAAUUGUAUGUAGUGUUGAACCUUAAGACAUCCUAAAAUGAUUUCCCGCACUCCAUUUUUCCUUAUGUUUGCUUAAAUAGCAAAAAUCAACACUAAGUGUCUAAAGGAAUUUGUAAUUUGAGACCUAGUAUUAUUACACAAUAAACCUGCUAAAACAGGCUUUAAAAGACAGUAAAAUAAGCCAUAUGUAGUGGUGUUAAGACUGUAAUCCCAGCACUCAGGAAGCUGAGACAGGAGAAUUGCUGGGAGUACAAAGUCAACUUGAGCUACAUAAUAUCAGCCACCAGGACUACAUAACGAAAGACUGACACAGAGGAAAGGAAGGAAGAAAAAGCCAGCAAUCAACCAUCAUGUGUUUCUGUAGAAUCAGAUGUAAUAGGAAACAUAGAUUCAGAUUGCUUCUUACAAAGUCUGUGCCACAUUCCUCACAGCAGGUGUGACUCUUUAAGACCAUGAUAGUGGAGUAAGGGAAAGAGCGAGAUGUAGCGCUCUGGAUGUUUAAAAAGUAAGUGCUUGGAUUUAACCCUAAAGUGGUUUGAAAUUGGGAAGAAAUGUGACAGGAUACAGUUGGGCUAAUUAUGCAAUAUUUCAUCUAUUUAAUUCUCUAACUCUGUAUUGUUCCUAAAGAUGGAUGAAUGAGUCUCUGUGGUGUUGCCUGCUCAUUGUGCAUAUCCUUGGUAGACAUUUCUCAUAGUGUGUACUUAAAAAGUGCCUGACAUUGAUUUGUGUUGAUUUCUAAGUCCAUGUAAUAAAUGAUACAUGUUUUCUAUGAUA